AUGAAUUCUUCUAUUGAACCUUCUGAUAUUCUAUUAAAUUAUGUUAAACGCGUUUUGAAUAUAACACAAAUUUAUCAUUUAAAUAUUAAACAACAAAUUUCUAUUGAAAGAUUAAUGCAAAUAAUACAUUUAUUACCUGAUCUUAUUACAUUAAAAAUUAAUUCUUUAUCAUUUUAUCGAUCAAUAACAUUUUCUAAUCAAUUAUUUCUCACAGAACAUGCAAAGAAAAUAAAAUAUGUUUAUAUGGAAACGAUACAUACAAUCAAAGAUAUUUAUUUUCUUAUAUCAUUUUGUCCUCACAUGGAAUAUUUCAAUGUUGAAUGUAUUGAAUAUAUAAAUAUUCAAUCAUUUUUAAGAGAUAUUUUAAAUGAAAUUAAUCAGAAUCAUCAUCAAUAUUUACUUUUAUUAUGUAUUUAUAUAUAA